AUGACUGUAGUGGAAAAUGCAAAGAAUGAGUUAAUACCCAUGAGGACAGUGAUCGGAUGGCGUAUAUGUGUGGACUACUGCAAGCUGAACAAAGCCACAAGGAAAGACCACUUUCCUCUCCCUUUCAUUGAUCAAAUGAUGGAUAAACUUGAAGGAAUUGUGCUAGGGCACAGAGUCUCCAGCAAAGGCAUAGAAGUAGAUAAGGCGAAGAUAGAGGCGUUCGAAACACUGAAACAUGCUCUCACCCAUGCUCUAAUAAUGAUAGCGCUAGAUAGGAACCAGUCCUCCGAAUUAAUGUUGCCCAGUCCAGAAAGCGCUAAGCAUGAGACUGAAAUUAGAGGAACUUUUCCAGACGAGCAAGUGUUAGAAAUGGAAGCCCUGAAGGAAGAAGAGGAACCAUGGUUCGCAGAUCUAGCCAACUACAUUUCCAGUGGAAUUUUACCAGCGGACAUGAACAAGCAACAGCUAAAAAGGUUUCUGUACGAUAGUAAAUUAUACCUGUGGGAUGACCCAUACCUUUAUAGGAUCAGCCAAGACAAAGUGAUUAGAAGAUGCGUUGCCAAUGCUGAAGCACGACAGCUGUUGGCUAAAUGCCACUCUGCACCAUAUGGUGGACACUUUGGAGGGCAAUGCACAACAGCAAAAGUUUUCCAGAGCCGAUAUUUCUGGCCCACCAUUUUUAAGGAUGCAUACGAGCUAGUACAACAUUGUAAUGAAUGUCAAAGAGUUGGAAAUAUUUCGAAGAGGUCAGAGAUGCCUCUUACAUACAUCUUAGAGUUGGUGUUUUUCGAUGUAUGGGGCAUGGAUUUUAUUGGACCAUUCCCUCCAUCCAAUGGAAACCUUUUCAUUUUGUUGGCAGUCGACUAUGUAUCAAAAUGGGUUGAGGCAGUGGCAUGCACCAACAGUGAUGCCAAAGUGGUUGCCAAGUUUUUACACAAGCAUAUAUUCACAAGGUUUGGCGCACCCAGAGCUAUUAUCAGUGACGAGGACUCCCAUUUCAUUAACAAAGCUAUAGCAUUUCCCCUUGCUAAGUAUAAUAUCAGGCACAAAGCUUAUCGCACAACCUUCAAGACGCCUCUGGGCACGUCACCAUACAAAUUAGUCUUUGGAAAACCCUGUCAUCUUCCAUUGGAGCUGGAGCAUAAAGCCUACUGGGCUGUUACAAAGCUAAAUGUGUACUAUGUUGCAGUAGGGGAUGUUCGCCGCUUACAAUUGCUAGAGCUUGAGCAAUUUCACAUAGAUGCAUAUGAGAAUGCAAAAUUAUACAAGGAAAAGACAAAGCGAUGA